AUGGGGAAUGAUGUUGCUCUAUUAGACACUCUCCUCAAUCAGUUGUCCACGACGUUUAAGAUUCGAGACCUUGGGGCUCUGGGGUUUUUUCUUGGCAUUGAGACACUGAAGGUAGAUGGUGGACUGCUUCUUUCUCAGCGUCGCUAUAUGGGGGACAUUCUUACUCGCGCAGGAAUGAUGGAUUGUAAACCACUAGCCACCCCAGCUGCUGUCACUCAGGCAGUUUCUCCAGCCACGCAGCCGUUUGAAAACUCAACUCAGUAUCGACGAAUCGUGGGGGCUCUGCAGUACCUGACUAUCACUCACCCUGAUCUGUCCUAUGCAGUUAAUCGGCUAUGUCAGUUCAUACAUUCACCUACUAAGGAGCAUUGGGGGCUACUGAAGCGUGUUCUCCGGUAUGUCAAAGGCACCCUCGACUAUGGUUUACACCUUUCCCCGUCUUCAUCCUCGGCCUUACAUGCCUUUUUGGAUUCAAACUGGGCUGGAUGUCCGAUUGACAGGAAGAGUACAAGCGGAUAUGCUGUGUUUUUAGGCUCCAAUCUCAUCUCCUGGCUCUCUAGGAAACAGCGCACAGUUGCACGCUCCUCCACCGAAGCCGAGUACAAAGCUCUGGCUGAUGUUUCAGCGAAAGUCACUUGGGUUGUUUCUCUACUCCGGGAACUUGGGUGA